ACAGCGCUGUCUGCUAAAGACGCCUUUGCAGUUCCACGGGCCCGAGGAAUCUUUCCAGCCAGCAGUCGUCAAGCGAGGCGGCUCUGGGCGUGUUAGAACACCUCCGGAAGGGCCGCGAGGAACUUUCUCCCAACCAAGGGAACUUGGUCAGGCUUUUGAACACCAUUGGCCGGGAUCCCUGUUCAGUGGAACCCUGUUGCAGCCAACGCUCGAAAGACUCCAAAGAAACGUUCUCUCUGUUGGAAACCAGCUAGCAAGAGAGGAUGAGUCUGCAGUGGACUGCGGUUGCCACCUUCCUCUAUGCAGAGGUCUUUGCUGUGUUGCUUCUCUGCAUUCCUUUCAUUUCUCCAAAAAGAUGGCAGAAGAUUUUCAAGUCCCGCCUAGUAGAGUUGAUUGUGACCUAUGGCAACACCUUCUUUGUGGUUCUCAUUGUCAUCCUUGUGCUGCUGGUCAUUGAUGCUGUCCGUGAGAUUUGGAAGUAUGACGACGUGACAGAAAAGGUGAACCUCCAGAACAAUCCUGGGGCCAUGGAGCACUUCCACAUGAAGCUUUUCCGGGCCCAGAGGAAUCUCUACAUUGCUGGCUUUUCCUUGCUGCUGUCCUUCCUGCUGAGACGCCUAGUGACUCUUAUCUCCCAGCAGGCCACGCUGCUGGCCUCCAACGAAGCCUUUAAAAAGCAAGCCGAGAGUGCUAGCGAAGCGGCCAAGAAAUACAUGGAAGAGAAUGACCUGCUCAAGAAGGAAACUGGUGUUGACAGAGACAAGUUGGAUGUUAGGCAAGCUGAGGUGAAGGUGGAGGAAGAGAACAGGAGCUUGAAGGCUGAUAUGAAGAAGCUGAAGGAGGAGUUGGCCAUCAGCAAGCAGAAAUUAGAGCGAGCAGAGAACGAGGCUCUGGCCAUGCGGAAGCAGUCCGAAGGCCUGACCAAGGAGUACGAUCGCCUGCUGGAGGAGCAUGCCAAGCUGCAGGCGGCGAUAGAUGGUCCCACGGACAAGAAGGAGGAGUGAGGGGGCAUCCUUCCCUCCCCUGCCUGCAGCGGCUCCCACCUGGCACAUGCUCGCUGCUCCCUGAGAGCCCAGCCUUCCCUCAGUACUUCAGUUCACUCUCUUCUGCUCCCCCCGAUUUCCUCCCACGGCUUGCAUUUCUUCAUCUUGGUCCCUUCUGCUAAGGGCACCUCUCCACCCUUAGCCAGCAUACACUAGGGGUCCUGAUGUCCACAAAUUCAGUGAGUUCGCUGCCGUCCUGCCAUACCCUCAGCUUCCACUUCCUGAGAGCACUGAAGGCAGUUGCAGUCGGGCCUGAUGGUUGAGCCCCGGGUUUUUGGCUGUGUUGAUGUUGGGGGCUGUGAGGCCCCUGUCUCUGGUCCUGCAGGAGGGUGGGUGAAGCAGGCUGAGUCUUAUUUCUUUGUGGGGGGCAAUAAAAGUUGUUGUUAUGAUGCA